AUGUCCCUCUUGGACUACUGGGACACAUCGCGCCCUGCCGUGAAGCGCAGGAAGACUGCGAUUCAGGACUGCCCCGAUGCUGCAGCUCACAAGCAAGACCUCAAAGUCAAUAGCCGGGAUCUGGAAAAGCCAGAUAGUCCAUUGGAGGACGCCUGGGACGCGGUGUCUUCGGCACAGAUCGGCGAGAGUACAGUCGAAGACGAGAAGCCCUUCCUGAACAGUCAGACAGAGCUAGAGUCCUCGCUUCCGGCUAUUCAAACAGAUAGCAAAGCUAUUGAGGAAUAUGAGCUCUCUCGCGCAGCUGAACAAGAUGAUGAGCCCGAUCUGCGCCAGAGACUGCAGGAUGGUAAAUGGCGCAAGGGAAAGAGCUCGAUCUAUGUGGACGCGUUCAACCUUGCAUUGGAGACAGUGCUGGAGGAGGAAGCGCAUGUGUUUGAUGAGGCAGAAAUAGAGGUCUUCAGGCAAUGGAAGAACCUCUCAUAUGAAUCUCAAUAUCUAUAUGUACGGCUAUUUCUUCGUAAGACUUCAGCAUGGCAUCGCAUCAACCGGCUAGGCUAUUAUUCGGAUAUCAGUAAUAUAUCUCAGGCGGUGGUUGAUCUUCGGGCUCGCCGGCGCCUACCCACUCCCUUAACCUCUAUAAACGACAAUCCUGAGGAUGCGCAGUCCGCUGAAAUUGAAGGUCUUGCCCACUUCAGCUUUGCCGAGAGCACUGGUGAAAUAACGACUCUAGAAGAGGCAUCCUCCCUACUGCUCCUUGAAGAACUCAAAGUCCUCGCCAAGGAUGCAAAAGUCCAAGGCAAAAGUAAAAAAGAGCUCCUCGACGCCUUCCGUGCAUCCAGCCAGAAACAAGCGGGUCUCAAUUGGAACGAGAAGGAGGGGGACUCACCCCAGGCCGUGAAUAGAGAUGUCCAUUACAUUCAGAAAAUCAUUGAUUACACAGGCGACUGCAUCCGCCUUGCGCCAGGGCCUUAUGCCCUCUUCGAACGGGUUCAUCUGGUCUUUUACAGGUCCACAGAGUGGACCGAGAAAUCUCUCACCACCAUAAUCCUGGCAAAGAUCUCCCGCAGGAACUUUCCUGAGUAUGUCGUGUGUCGCUCCAACUCGAUCUUUCCGACCAGAGAUUUCCUCCUGGAGUUCGAAUCAGCCCUACGCACACAGUUUCGCAUAGACAAUCUUCUCGAGUUUGCCGGCACCCCUACACAAGAAAGACUGGAACAUGUGAAACGGCUUGCUGAGGAGGUGUAUCCCCGUUGGAAAGUCCUGCUCGAGCAGGAGCAGCGCAAGGAAGACACCAUCUACGAGGCCGGCGAGGGCGCCUAUUUACGUCGAUUCUCACCAGCCUGGGUCUAUACCAGAAUCAUUCACAAGAGUCUUCAACCCCUCGGACGCUUCAAGGAGCACAAAAAGGAACACGAGAUUCUGUGCGAGUUGCUCGCCCAGCGCUUAUUCCACGCUUCACGGCGCGGAGCAUGGUACCAGCGGAAAGCCCUGUUAGAAGAGCACUACAUGUGGGCCCUAACGCCGUUCGAAGGACGCGGUGAGGACCUCCAGAAGAAACAUUGGAAAAGAAUCGCCUUGCGGACGUGCGAAGAGGGACUCGAGGACCCGAACUGCCAUCUGAUCUACCACUAUGACCUCCAGAAGCGGAUUACGAAGCUGGAAAAGGCGCUGAGGAUCGUCAAGCGCGAGCAACAUGAUUUCGGCCACGUCAUGCUGGCCAAACCCGCGCAGCGCAUUGUCGAAGGUAUUCGCAUCGAACGCGACGACUCACCCAGUCGCUCCUCCUCCUCCUCCUCCUCGGUCAAGCCGGACGAUCUUCCGUCCAAGCGCGGCCGCGCAACCAUCUGGAUCGACGAACGAGAGGACGGCAGCGAAUGCAGAGUCGAGAACAUGUGUCUGAGCUGGUAUCGUGAGCAGGGCUGGAAGGGAUACCACUCCGAGGGAGGAAUAGUCCGGACCUUGUUCGGCUACCUCUUUUACGACAUCCUCUUCACCUACAUCCCCAACGUCUUCCAGACGCCCUUCCAGACCUGCCCGCUGGACCUCCACACCGACGCCUUCUACCCGUCCCGCGCCUCGGAGAUCAACCACCGCCUCGUCGAAAUCACCAACGGCGCCGCCGAGCACAUCCUACGCGCCGUGCACGCGCGCGAGGCCGCGAAGCAGACCUGCGCCAUCGGCCUCGACUGGGCCUUCGAGCUGGACGACCUGGUCGAGAUCGUGCGCUGUUUCCGCGGUGAGGCGCUGGCGACUAUCUGCAAGGUCAUGGCGCAGGAGUACCAGCAGCGCGGCGGGGGCAUUCCUGAUCUCUUUCUGUGGAGUUUGGAGAGGAAGGAGGUGAUGUUUGUGGAGGUCAAGUCGGAGAAUGAUCGGCUGAGUGAUACCCAGCGGUUGUGGAUACAUGUUCUUGUUGGGGCGGGUGUGAAGGUCGAGCUUUGUAAUGCGGUUGCGAGGGAGGUCAGGAUGGGGAGUUGA